AUGAGUGGAAAACUAACAUCCUAUCACGAUCAUCAAUGCCUAACUUGUGGGCGUUUAUUUCAUCACGAAGGCAAUUUGUUAUUGCACAUUGAUAGAAUGCACAGUGGAACUCGAGCAUUCCUAUGUACACAGUCAGAAUGCCACAAAACCUUCCCAUCAGCAGAACUGCUGCGGAAGCACAUUCGAAACACCCAUCAAACCGACAGACUAAAGUGCUCAACUUGUGACAUGGUCUACUCCACUAGUUCGGCUCUUCGACGGCAUGAACGAACACACUCAAACACAAGAAGAUACGUAUGUUCGCGUUGUGGUGCCGGUUUCGACUUAAGUGAACCGUACAAAAUACACCUGCGUCAGCAUGAUGGAAUUCAGCCAUAUUCUUGCUCGAUUUGUUCAAAGAGAUUCACAUCAAGGGCUGUAUGCCGAAGACAUCGAAUGAGUAGACUAUGCGUCAACUAA